AUUUAUCAUUUUAAGAAAAAACAAAUUUUAAGAUGAGAACAAUUUCACUACUCUCGUUUAUCAAUUGUUAAUUGAUUGCUCGUACAAUGAAAAUCGCUGUAUCAAAUUAAAAAUAGAUCUUCAGAUAAGUGGAUAAAUGUUUGAAGAUUUAUCAAUAUUUUAUUUUCAACAAUAAUGUGAAAUCAUCUCUUUAUUUAUUUAAUCUUAACGCCGCGACAAAGUUGUCAUGUUAUGUUAGUCGCCAUUCCAUUCGUAAUUAAAAUGCGGAAAGAAGGAGCUGUAAUUCUGUUUUUCCUCUUAUGCCUCAGAUUCGGUGGGGCUUCAGACGAUACAAUAUUUCCCGAAGGGUUCUCUUUCGGAGCGGCUACGGCCGCGUAUCAAAUAGAAGGAGCUUGGAACGAAAGUAGAAGUCCAUGUAUUUGGGAUACUUAUAUUUUUAAUAACCGUAGCGUAAUAGCCAAUCAAGAUACAGCUGAAAUAGCUUGCGAUUCUUAUCAUAAAUAUAAAGAAGACAUCGCAUUAGCUGCUGCUUUGAAACUUACUCAUUACCGAUUUUCGAUUUCGUGGUCUAGGUUGUUACCGACGAUUGUAAGUAGCGAUGUAAAUCUUGAAGCACUAAAAUAUUAUCAAGGAAUUAUCAAUGAACUUGAAAAAUAUAACAUAACACCUAUGGUUACCUUAUAUCAUUGGGAUUUACCCCAAUAUUUGGAAGACCUAGGAGGAUGGACCAACCCAGUAAUUGUUGAUUACUUCACUGAUUAUGCUGGUGUUGUUUUCAAGUAUUUCCCCACCGUUAAACUUUGGAUUACUAUAAAUGAACCUAAACAAGUUUGCGUUCACGGUUACGGUUCUGGUAAAAAAGCUCCAGGUCUUACUGAAAGUGGUAUAUCUGACUACAGAUGUGCAUAUCACGUAGCAAAAGCUCACGCAUCGGCUUAUCGUUUAUAUAAAGAGAAAUACGGAAAAUUAGGAGGUAAGCUCUCGAUGGCUUUAGAUGGUGCGUGGAAUAUUGCAGCUUCCAAUAAUAAAGAAGAUACAGAUGCAGCUGAAAGAAGAAAACUUUUUGAGUUUGGUUUAUAUGCCCACCCGAUAUUUUUUGGAGAUUGGCCCGAAGUUGUUAUUGAAAGGGUGAAGGAACGUAGUAAAAUGGAAAAUUUUACCAGAUCACGUUUGCCUGAGUUUACAAAAGAAGAUAAAAUUCUCAUAAAUAAUACGGUGGAUUUCAUGGCACUUAAUUAUUACGAUACUAAAAUCGUAGGUGACGACGAAGAACCGUCUUACGAUUCAUAUUCGUACAAUAACGAUCUCAGAUUGACUAUCACGGCAGAUAAAAACUGGCACACUGAUCGACACUUGAAUUCUUACGUUCCCGAAGGUUUUAGAAAUUAUUUAAAAUGGGUCAAGGAUACUUAUAAUAACCCUGAAAUAAUUAUAACUGAAAAUGGGUUUGCUGAUGAUGGAACUGUAGAAGACACUGACAGAGUCACAUUUAUAAAGGAUUAUUUAAUGGCAGUUUGGAAUUCUAUAGAUAAAGAUAAGGUCAAAGUUACCGGUUAUACAUUCUGGAGUCUACUGGACAACUUCGAAUGGAACAAUGGAUACGAUCAUCACUUUGGUCUUUACAAAGUAGAUUUUACAAACCCGAAUAGAACUAGAACGCCAAAGAAAUCUGCCGAUUUUUAUAGAGAAGUUAUUGAACGUCAUGGACUCAGCGAAGCACAUAAAAUUCAUUUCAUGCCAAUUUUAACAAUUUUAAGCUUUAUAUAUUUGUACCUUUAGAAGUAUACACUGGGUGUAAGAAAAGAAAGUUAUAUUCUGUGUGUCUAUAAAAUAAAAAAAAUAAUCUAUCUAUAAUAAAGUGUUUAUAAAUUAUAAAUAUAAAGUAUUUAAAUAUGAUAAACAGGUUUUUAGCCAUUUCUUGAUGACAUUGUCCGCCUGGAUUUUGGUUUUUCUAGUGUUUAAUUUCGAUAAGGUUUUUUAUUGAGAUAUAGAUAUACUUGACAAAUAACCAAAAUCUCGAAUACAGCAGAAACUUCUAGUCCUUGAAUCAUCGUUUUUGUGACAAUUUGCUAAUAGAAUAAAACUUUCUUUUGAGUCACCUUGUAGAUGUAUUUUUUGUAUAUAAUUGUAUUUUACAAUUAUUAAACAAUAGAUAAAUAACAUUAAUAAUGUAUUAUUUAAA